AAUUUAAAUAUGCUCAUAUCUGGAAUGCAAUUGAGGCAUUCGUUGACUCCUCGUUUUUUCGCAGGAGUGUUCAACAAACGAAAGCCAACAAAGAAGGACUUAGAUCAUUAUGAUGUAGUGGUGAUUGGUUGCAAUUUAGGAGGAGUUUUGAGUAGACAACUUGAUAAGGUAGAUUUGUAAUAUUAUUUUGGAAUAGGUUUCUCAUGGAAAAUAUAAGAUUAUGGUUGUACUUGAUUAAAAUAUCAAUCAAAUAACUCCAAUCAGAUAGAUUUAUGAAUAAUAGAAGACAGCUAAGACAGAUUUUUUGCUUAAUGCCAAAUUGUCACUCAAUAUGUUCACAGCUCACUCUGAUCAAGUUGGAUGUUCAACAAUCUUACCUGAAGAAAAUGCCAUUGUUUUGCGUAAUGGUCGUAGAAUUGGCUAUAAUUAAUUGGUUGUAGCAAUGGGUAAAAUCAUAAAUAUCAUUCUAUAGGUCAGCAAGUUAAUUAUGAAGCAAUCAAAGGAUUUGAAGAAGCUUGGUAAGAUUUUGAUUCACCAGUAUUUACUAAUCUUGAUCAUCCAAGUUGGCGUUCUUCUAAUCACAAAUACACUAGAUGGCAUUACAAUUUCAACCAUGGAGAAGCUUAUUUCUGUAUUCCUCAAUUUCCUUUCAGUGGUGAGGUUGAAGCAUAUAACUUUUUCUUAAGUCAAAGAAUAUGGGAAUGGUAAACUGCUAAUGGACGUCAAUCUCCUAUUAAAAAAUUCACUAUCAUAUAACCAAAUGAAAGAUUUGUUCAAUAUAAUGAUGCUGGAGAUUCAUUUUUCAAAGAAGAAUUAAAACGCAGAAAUAUCAAUGUUGAAUAUGGACUUAAAUUGGUUGAAGUCAAUAAAUAAUACAACACAGCUACUUUUGAAGAUGUCAAGACUGGUAAUAGACAAACUAGAAAUUUCAAUCAUCUCUAUGCUGUUGCUCCUACUAAAGCUCAUGAACCUCUUGUUAAGGCUGGUUUAACUACAUCAAAAGGAUUAUUAGAUGUCAAUAUUAAGACUUUGUAGCAUAAUAAAUAUAAAAAUAUUUUUGGACUUGGUGAUGUGAAUGAUCUCCCAACAACCAAUUGUUUCUGGGCUGGAUUCCACUAACUUCAUGUUGUUAGAAAUAACAUUGAAAGAAAUAUUGCUGGAAAAUCCCUUAAUGCUGAAUAUGAUGGAUAUAGCAAAGUUCCAAUAAUAUUAGGUUAAAAUACACUUACAUUUUUAUGUCAUAAAUACAAUAAUGAAAACGCAUGGCAUAACCUUUACUUCUCUAAUGGAGGGUUUUUAGCUGCUUUAAGGUAAAUGGUUUAUUCUAUAAAAGAUAUUAUAAUUGGUGCAAGAAUUUCAAGAAAGCCUUUAUUGACAUUUACUUAGAAAAGAAUUGGGGACCUCCCUAUUACAAAAUAAAGAAGAGUUUCAAAUUGCCAGAAGGAGAAACAGAUGAACACGGUUUUAUGUCAAAAUUAUCAAAAUUGUUACCUGGCAAAAAAGAAAGUCAUUGAAAUAAAUAAAUAAUAUAAAAAAU